GCGUCCGGGCUCCUUCCGCCCCGCCGGCAUCGCAGCCAUGGUGGGCCCAGGCGGCGGCGUGCCGCUGGAGAACGCCAACCCGCUCAUCUACCGCCGCUCGGGGGAGCGGCCCGUGACGGCGCGGGAGGAGGACGACGAGCUGCCCGACUCCAUCGACGACCGGGAGAUCUUCGAUCUCAUCCGCUCCAUUAACGACCCCGAGCAUCCCCUGACCCUGGAGGAGCUGAAUGUCGUCGAGCAAGUUCGAGUUAAAGUGAACGAUGCCGAGAGCACCGUGGCAGUGGAGUUCACACCCACCAUCCCGCACUGCAGCAUGGCAACGCUAAUCGGCCUGUCCAUAAAAGUGAAACUGAUCAGAUCACUGCCCGAGAGGUUUAAGAUGGAUGUUCAUAUAACACCAGGAACACAUGCCUCUGAACAUGCAGUUAACAAACAGCUUGCUGAUAAAGAACGUGUAGCAGCUGCUUUGGAAAACUCUCACUUACUGGAAGUGGUAAAUCAGUGUUUGUCUGCUAGAUCAUAAUUGCCUGAUCAGGAAACCAUUAGUAUUCUGCUGUAUUAAUUUUGUAUGUAAGUGGUGUUGCUAAUGCUACAUGUAUCUAUGAGCAAAAUAAAACUACCUUAAAGAAGUGUUCCAUUACUUCUUCAAAAAAAUAAAAAGCAUGGAGAAAAUUAGCUUGCUGGUAGCUAUAAAGCUGUGAUGUAAAUUGGCUUUUUCCGUUUGUUAAUUAUUGCACUGGUGUGAUUUGUGUUCUGAACUUUUAAAAAAGAUUUGGUUGAACUUGCUUUUAACAGGUUUCUUACUGUCUAAAGACUAGUUAUAGACUGCAUUUUAGAAGUGGAGUUUGCGCACUGGGUUUCACAAGUAUACCAAGUUAAGUAGCAGUUAAAAUCUUUAUACUCAUAUGAUUAUUUUGGACUAACACAGUUUUUCCUUCAAACAUCAAGAUUUCUACAAAUUCCUGUGUGCCAAAUUGUAAAACGUGUGGCAAUAACUGUAAGCAAUUUUAAAUCAUCUAAUUUAUCAUUAUUAUUAUGUUAAUCUAAACAGCCAGUAUGGAGGGCUCUUUAGAUAUGUAUAAAAUGUGACUUGCUUUUCCUUACUCAUCACUUGUAUCAAAUGCAGUAUCUUUGAGGAGGUUUUUGUUUCUUUGUUUUCUGUUUUCCUUCCUCCCUCCUGACAGGAGGAAGUCUUUGGUAGUUUUCAGUUGAAGUGAUCCAGCUACUCUGCUGAAAACCUUUCCUGGUAGAGUUUGACAGCUGUGUCAAACUUAGUGAUUUCACUGUAUGUUGCUUUGUUUAAAGCACAAUAUACAGGUUUAGCAGUGAUAUUUAGCCUGCGCUUCUGGUCUGCGAAACAUGGCAUUUGAACUGUAGGGAUUAGUGGCAUAAAAAUUCAUUCAGAUAGAAUUCCAUUAUUAAUUUGAACUUUCUUAAGAGUUGUUUCUAAUACUGGAAAAAUAACAGCUUGUAAUAGUUCUGACAGGUAUUUUGGUGCAGACGUACAAUAUUAUGUAUCAGCUAUGCAGUACGUUUAUCAGUUAUUUACAGAGUAAUUAGUAUAGAGUUCUUGGUUGGGUUUUUUUUUGUUUGUUAGUUAGAUGUGCGAUAGUGAUGCUUUACGUUUCAGUAUUUUGUAUUGGAUAAUCUCAGAUGCUAUUUCAGAAACAGUAAACCUUAUGAAGGACAUUAUGUAGACACCACAGCCUGCUGGAACAGGCUAGUCUGUGUUGCCAGGAAACUAAGGCAGUGGUAAACCAAGUGAAAUGGUGAAGUUCACAUAUACAAGAAAACAGAACAGCAGCAAAUCCAAAUCUACUCAUUUUAGAAAUUACUCACCCAGUAUACAUAGAGCUUCUGUAGAAGGCCAACUCUUCAGCAGCGUUUAUUUGCUUAUUUGAUUAGCAUCCUUCGAGUAAUGAGCGUUUGGUUUGAUGUUUGAAUGAAACUGGAAAUAAAAAUAAUAUUUGUGUAAAAUUAAUGCUAAUAAAGGAGUAGAUUGACA